UCACCCUGUUGAAACCUCAACUUUUUUUUUGUUCCUUCCAAGGAAGCCGGCUAACCACCGCCGCCAGAGACGAAAACAAAAGAAACACUUUUUAGUCGCGCUUAUUUUAGUUUAUUAUUUAUAUUUUUUAAAAAGACAAUGAAGUUGGCUCUAAUUCGCAGCGCUUGCGGCAGUCUCCGGGGACAUCCAGUCCGUCCUGGAAGCAGAUUCACCGGUUUGUUGCGAGGAUGCCUACCGGUAGGUCUUACCAAUGGUGGAGUGAUCCUCCGGGCGGCAAGCGCUACCUCCAGCACCGGCACCAACCCGAAGUUAACCGCCAACUUUGAGAUACAGUCUCAAAGGGAGGAUGAGUCUGAGUACGGCAACCAUGUGAGGAAAGUGGUUCAGAGCACCAGGGAGGCAAUUGUGACUCUGCAGAGAAGAAACCCAGCAAUCCAACCCUUGUUAGCCAUUCUACAGGCAGGUGAAGAUGACGGCAUGCUGGAGAUAAAUAAGAAAAUGGCAGGAAAGAUCGGCUUGAACGUCACUCAGGUUUGUCUGGCGAAGGAGUGCAGUGAAGAUGACAUUGUAGAGGAGUUGCUGAAGCUGAAUGAUGACCCCAGAGUGCAUGGUGUCUACCUUCACCUCCCACCGGCCUCUAUCACCAGUCGGGUCCUCAACACCCUAAAACCCGAGAAGGACAUAGAAAGUAUAUCGGAUAUGAAUAUGGGCCGUCUGAUACGAGGAGACCUGAGCAAAGGUUUUGUACCUCCUGUAGCCAGCGCGGUUUUGGAUAUCCUGGAGAACCACGAUGUUUCUUUGGAAGGAAAAAGUGUGGUGCUGGUUGGAGGAGAAGGACCCCUUCAGCUGGCCAUGCAGUGCCUGAUUGAAAGAAAUGGAAUGGUCACUCUGAAGAGUCACUGGGGCUCCAAGAACCUGCAGGGACAGGUGAUGCAGGCUGAUGCUGUGAUCGUGCAGGGUGCUGGAAAUAUGUAUAUUCCACCCACCUGGGUUAGACCAGGGGCUGCUAUCAUUCGCUGUGAGCCAAGUCUGGAGAAAGAUGAAAACACCUUUGGUUUGUCUUCAAAGUCUGGAUUAGAAUACCUCAUAGCAGCUUACAGAACACAGAAUGUGGUCCAAAGUUGCAGUCGGUGGCUCCAGGGUCAGGAAUACCGACCCUGGGAUUUACGAACCCUCAAACUUCAGCCCUUAACUCCUGUACCAAGUGAUUUACAGAUAUCCAGAGCUCAGACGCCAAAACCAAUAGAUCAGUUGGCUGAAGAGAUUGGUUUGCUGCCAGAAGAGCUUGAAGCCUACGGGAGGAGCAAAGCUAAGGUUCGACUCUCUGUGUUGGACCGCCUCCAAUCACAGCCUAAUGGAAAAUAUAUUCUGGUUGCUGGUAUAACUCCCACCCCACUGGGCGAAGGUAAAAGCACAGUGACUGUCGGCUUAGUCCAGGCAUUGUCUGCCCACCUUAAGCUCAACUCCUUUGCCUGUCUGCGUCAGCCUUCCCAGGGACCCACUUUUGGAGUUAAAGGGGGAGCUGCGGGAGGUGGGUAUGCCCAGGUCAUCCCUAUGGAGGAGUUCAACCUCCAUUUGACCGGUGACAUUCAUGCCAUCACAGCUGCCAAUAACCUGAUGGCAGCAGCCAUUGAUGCCAGGAUGCUGCACGAGGCGACGCAGUCAGACAAGGCCCUUUUCAAUAGAUUGGUUCCUUCUGUGAAUGGAGUCAGAAAAUUCUCACCCAUCCAGAUCUCCAGGCUACAGCGUCUUGGCAUCAGGAAAACAGAUCCUACAUCUCUCACACCUCAAGAAAUCAACGCUUUUGUUCGUCUUGAUCUUGAACCCUCAAAAAUCACCUGGCAGAGAGUUGUUGAUACAAACGACCGUUUUUUGAGGAAGAUCACAGUCGGACAGGCAAGCUCUGAAAAAGGACAGAUGAGAGAGACUGGGUUUGACAUUGCAGUGGCCAGUGAGAUCAUGGCCAUCCUGGCCCUGGCAGACAGCCUUGGGGAUAUGAAAAACAGACUGGCGCGCAUGGUGGUGGGGACCAGCCGUUCUGGACAGCCUAUCACGGCAGAGGACCUAGGUGUGAGUGGAGCUCUGGCGGUGUUAAUGAAAGAUGCUAUCAAGCCCACGUUGAUGCAGACCCUUGAGGGUACGCCAGUGUUUGUCCAUGCUGGGCCCUUUGCCAACAUCGCCCAUGGCAACUCCUCGGUGCUGGCGGACAAGCUGGCUUUGAAGUUGGUUGGACAGGACGGCUUUGUGGUGACUGAGGCAGGUUUUGGAGCAGACAUCGGGAUGGAGAAAUUCUUCAAUAUCAAAUGUCGAGCUUCAGGUUUGAGGCCCGAUGCGGUGGUUCUGGUUGCAACUGUUCGAGCACUAAAGAUGCACGGCGGCGGCCCAAAUGUAUCUGCAGGUGCACCUCUUCCCCAAGAAUACACCGAUGAGAAUCUGGGCUUGGUUGCUGGUGGCUGCCGUAGCAAUCUCAGGAAGCAGAUCCAGAUUGCACAUUUGUUUGGAGUACCAGUCGUGGUUGCUAUCAAUGUCUUUAAGACAGACACCCAGGCAGAGAUUGACCUUGUGUGUCAGAUAGCGAAAGAGUGCGGAGCGUCUGAUGCUUUGCCGUGCAGCCACUGGGCACAGGGUGGGAGAGGUAGCUUGGAGCUUGCCCAAGCUGUGAAGGAGGCUGCCAGCAAACCCAGUAACUUCCAGUUACUGUACAACACUGAAAUGCCGAUCGUGGAGAAGAUCCGAACAAUAGCCCAGAAAGUGUACGGGGCCGAUGACAUCGAGCUGUCUCCAGAGGCCAAGACCAAGACAGAUUAUUACCAUCAACAAGGUUAUGGUUCAUUGCCCAUCUGCAUGGCCAAGACCCACCUGUCCCUGUCCCACAUGCCUGACAAGAAGGGAGCCCCCACUGGAUUUGUUUUGCCAAUCAGAGAUGUCCGUGCCAGCAUCGGGGCUGGCUUCAUCUACCCACUAGUGGGAACGAUGAGCACAAUGCCAGGUCUGCCCACCCGACCCUGUUUCUACGACAUUGACCUUGACCCGGUCACGGAGGAGAUCACUGGGCUCUUCUGAGCAUGCUCACCAAAGUUAUCCUCGCUCCCUGCUCUGUUUUCAGGAUCAUCAGCUCCAUGCAUUCACCAUCAGACUCAUCUAACCCCAGCAUCACCGGCAGGAAAUGAUUUCUCACUGUUCCCAGCAGCCCCACACUAAAGCAACAUGGGGAGGGGAGAAUUAGUGGAACGUUAUCUUUAUGCUGUAUUUGCACAUGUGUUUCAUACGCCCAAAACGAUGUCCUAUAUCACCACAUAUAUCAUACAUGCUACACGUGUAUGCUUUUGACCUCUGUACUUUUUUUCUGUGUAAAGAAAAGUUCGUUUGCCUGGAUUUGUUUUUUGAUAAGACUGUUGCUUUUUAACUGAAAUUCAGAUAGUGUGCAUAAUUAUUAAUUAAGCUGCUGGUGUACGCACAAAGAGCCCUGAUCGCAUUCGUGUGACUUUGAGUUUCCUAAUCCGAUCAGGGGUGUUGAAUGUCAAAGGUGCUCUACAUACACUGAAAAACACUACAGAUGCUGAUUAUAGUCAUACGUUUUUGUUUGUUUUUAAAUAUUGUAAACUAUUAUGUUUUGUGUCAUGACAAGACCACACUGUGCAUCUCUUCUAAUAUAUAUGUUGUUUGUGGGUAUUUCACACAAUGGUAACCAACCAGAUUCUGGAGCUUCUUUUAGUAGUACCUUCAGCAAAGCCAAAGUGAGCCAUUCCCUGAAUUUAUAGUUUUAUUCUACUGAGUGGGAACCAAACAAAGCAUUCUCUGAAAACAUGUGGUACAAUUCUGACAGCUGCUGUAUCUCAAACACUUUACUCGUCAAAAAAAUCAAAAGUGCCUUAUUACAGUAUUAUUAAACCUUUUCUUGACUCCAAGACUGUGCAUUUAUGUUUUCACAUCAAGCAUCCAACUAGCAUGUCACCCCAGUGACACAUGAGCGCUUUUCUUGUUGUCUACAAUUCUUUGUAAGGUGCCUCUAUGCAGUCAUGCCUCCUUUCACAGUUGCAACCUUUAAGAUUUACUCAAUAUAACUCACAGAGUCCCUGAAAGGGGAAAGUCGCCCUCUCCAGCAGCACUCCAAGGUGCGACUUCUGUCAUUAUGAGGUGUUCAGGUUUUCAACAUGCGUCACAGCUGGCAUUCCACAUUUUGUAAGUCUGUUAUUCUCCGUGUUCACCCGGCAGUAUCUGGCACUUUAACCGUUAGGGCUUUAGGAAUGUUCUCAUUUAUACAGUAGCACUCCUACAGCAGAUUUAGUGUGUGUAUGGGUGUGUGAUAGAGCUGAUGACAGAUUUAAAGAUGUGGUGUUGAUAAGUUGGGCACUUUGUCAUGGCUCUGCAAUGUGCUGACAGAUCCCCAUUUUGUUAGGUUCGAGUUGUUUACGUUGAGUUUCUGCCUCCAUCUGAGAAUUGUUUAGGCUCUCAUCUUUUAGCACUUCUGGACAGAUUUAAUAGAUUGUCCAAUUUCAGUACCAAGGACAGUGUCCCUUUAAAUGUUUUAUGUGAGAGGAACUAAAGAGUUUCUGGAAAAUGGCUCCAAAUAUUCAAAGCGGAAUGACCCUGUGCCUCAAUGUCAGGGUCCCCAAAUGUCUGAUUCACUAUGUCAGUUGCCUUUUGGCAAUUUGAUUGCUUUUAUACAAUAAAAGUGCAUUUUUAA